CGGCGUACGGUUUUUAUUAAUUUUAGUUUAGUUUGUGUGGGUUUACGAAUAAUUUGUAACACAAAGUAAAUAGAAUCCAACCAAAACCAUGGCUUACUUGACGCAGCCCGAUUACGUGAAGUACAAGUGUUCCUGCGGUCAACUGAAGCCUAUCACAAGCCUUUACUUCUGUCGACACUGCUUAAAAAUACGCUGCGGAUUCUGUAUUUGUCAUGAGGUUGACUCCCACUACUGUGCCUACUGCCUCGAAAACAUGCCAUCCUCUGAAGCCCGUCUGAAGAAAAACCGUUGCAGCAGCUGCUUCGACUGCCCAAGCUGUUUCCACACCCUCUCCACCCGAGCUACACUGGCCCAGCCUCGGCAGGACCCGGCAGCAGGGGCGGGGGGAGAUGGGAAGGUUGGGGACGGGAAGCAGGCAAAGAGGGUGUAUUAUCUGUCGUGCUUCAACUGCAGGUGGACGGCUAGGGAUGUGGGGAUUCCAGAUCAACCUGUGGCAUCGGGUGGGUGGCCGGAGCGCACCAGCCCACACGCUACGCGCGUGAACCAGCUGUUGGACUAUUACAAAGCAGUACUGCAGCAAGAGAAGCAGGAGAAGAUAGAGAGGGAGAGGAAGAAGUUCGCCGUGAGAGGGAAAUACAUCACACUCACAGACAAGACAGGCCUCACAGGGGCCAUGGCUCGCAGCAUCGCAGGGCUGCCUCCUGCCGAGGGUUCCAGCCACGCCUUAGCCGGGUUCACCCCCGCUGUCGCCAGUGAAGAAGUCGAUGAAUUACCAGAAGACGCCUUUACUAAGGAUGUCAACUUGAAUCAGAUUACGAGUAUGCCGCAACGCCUGGCCGCGCCCGAAUGGCAGCCGACUCAGGUCUCCCGCUUACAUCCCAUCGCCAAACUGCUCAGCGUGAAGCGGUCCCAGCGGUGCCGAGCGUGCGACCACAAUCUCACCAAGCCCGAGUACAACCCUGGAUCCAUCAAGUUCAAGAUUGAACUGCUGGCAUACUACCACGUGCCCGAGGUGAAGAUAAUCUCGUGCGAGAUCGUCCGGCCGGGCGGCAAGUCCACCUUACUCCUGAAGCUGGCCAACCCGACCCCCCACGAGAUGACCUUGAGGCUCCUGCAGCCUGCCGACGUCCCUGCUGACGAGGAGAAAGAGAAGGUGGAUAAGGACGCCAGUCUCGAGAAGAGUCUGGAUAAGAGUCUGAAGAUUGAGAAGCCAGAACCAAGCUGGAACCCCAGAGAGCCUCCCACAGUACUGACUCAAAUCACACCGCCCGCUGUGACGCUCACUCUCGCGCCCAGAGAUGACGCCGCCGAAUAUGACGAUGACGCACGACAUGAACCCAGCCACAUAAUCCUCUGGCGCAAGUCCAACAAGCUCGCCCUCCGGCUCGAGCUGAGCACCGACGCGGCCGCCGCGGAAGGCUCCCCGGCGCAGACCGCGCUCGCCGUGGAGUACUCCUACCGCAACACCGUGCCGCAGCCCGGCGCGCCGCAGAACAGGGACCACACCUUAUACACUGUACUGUAUCUGGACUUGGGGACUGUGGGAUCGGCUGGCCUUUAAAUUGUGAGAUUAUAACCUCAAAUAACAGCUCCAUCUGUCGUUUAGUUUGAGAAGCAUUUAAUAUGGCUCUUAGAGAAUAUAACCUAACGGAGUGGUCAUUAACAGGCCCCUCUGUCGAAAAUAGGCGGCCAAUGGUCAACCACAUGUAUGGACUGACGUUUAUCUGACAUGAUCAUAUUUACGUUACGUAUACAUUUAAUGUGCCCCUCUCCCGCAAAAAAUGGCAGACUAUUUUGUACCGAAAAUUAUAGACGUGGCGUCUCCGUUCGUUAUAUCCUCUAAGAUCUGGCUAGCUAAACUUGGCGGUAGUAGUAAAAAAAUAUCUUUUUUGAGCUGAUAAUCUGAUAAUAAUAACAUAUAAAGCUGUAUGAUUAUGUUUAGCUAUGCGCUUUUAAUGAAGUUUAAUUAAUAGCUAGUCAUUGUUGAGGUCGCCAUGUAAGGUAUUCACGGCACUCUUAACUGAUGCUCAUUGAUGGAUAUUUGCUAUAAGGUUCAUGAAAUCUCAGUGCAGUGUUGACUAUGAUCCUAAAAGCGACAUAACUGACCUUAUCUCAUUGUAAUAAGGUUGGUUUACUCCUAGUCGGGUUAGAGGUAGACCAAGAUGAGUCUGCAACUAUUUUGAUAGCACACGCAGUGCAAGUGUUAUUUAUAAGUAAUCAUUUCAUAGAAGUUUGACGUUUAAAAUAACACCGUCACUGAGUUUGCAAAAUUGUUGCAAACUUUUCUUGGUCUAACUCUAACAUGUCAGUAAAGCUAAAUCUCGCAUAUUACUCGUACGUUUACAAUCUGCAUAUUUUUGCAGCCGUAGUUUUAUUCUUUGAUAUACAUCGAGCGACAAUUUAGUUCAUAAUUUUAUAACUGAAAUGAGAAUUAAUCGCGUGGCCUGACGUUUCGAACGUGACUACGUUCGUGGUCACGGGCAGAAUGGCGAGGAAUUGUAUCAACAUUAUCUUGCUACGCGAGUAUGGCGAACUACCCGCACUUGAUCUUGAUUAUUCACUUGAAAUUAUGAGCGAAAACCGCGUUAGUUUAAAUCAUUAUUGGAAACUUAGUUCUUUGAUCUGGGCUUGAAAAUAUGCAAGGAUAAAUUUAACUCUAUCAAUACUUAUUGGAGUUGUAUGAAAAUAAUUUUAGAAUAGUCGUUAAACUUAAUAUGUUUAUCGUAAAAUAUCCUACUAGGAUAGUUUGUACUACAAAUUUUGUAGUCAAAGCUAUUUAAACAAAUCGUGUGCCUAAAAAUGUAUAUGCUUGUUAACUUAAUGAAAUUACUCACGAAAUUCCAUUCUUACGUCAAAAGCUCAGUGUACGAGAGAAUUUAGUUCGUAUAUUAUUUAUUUUUAUAGGUUUAUAAAAUGUAUUUUUAAGUUUCAUAACUUUGGUAGUAUAUUUUUUAAGUUUCGUAAGGUGUUUUAUCAUAACUUUCGGUGUGAAAGUUGCAAAAAGUUUGUACAAAGGUCAGGAGAGAUAUUGGAACUUCAAAAACUUGGAAGGAAUUAAAAAAGUUUUUAAUUUGGACACCAUAAUAAAUGAAAGAUCAUACUAUGUAAAGAAUUUUACAAUUCUUUUAUUACGAAAAAUAGCUGGCAGAUAAUAGAUAACUAACUAUAUUAUAUGAAAACUUGAAAAGUUCGUGAUAACACAUUUAUAUAAUUCCAGAUGGAUUAGCUUAAGGAGCAGUUCUCGUAUUGUUUUUAAAAUGCUAGUAGUAGCAAGUACAUAAGUGCAAUAUGCAAUUUAUUUUUAUUACACAGCAGAGUAUUGUAAUCAAUAUAUGUAUAGCUUUAAAAACUUUUAUAUGCACCACUAAAUACAGAUAACAAUGUACCAGUUAACUGUAACCAAAUAAAAUGUUUUGCAUCUGAA